CAGGAAGUGGAUGCAUUAGUCAACAAACACGAACCCAUAGGGAGGAUUAUUCCAACAAAAAAUGAACAUGAAGGCAGAAGGAAAAUACUUUGACUGGCCUGACUGACGACAUGAGACACCCUCUGCUCCUUAUCAGCCUGUUGCUGGCAGUCCUCCACACUGUCAACGUUGUGGCUCAAAACCCUGUCCAGAUCCAGUUCCAGACGUCCCCGGUUCUGGUCCAAUCUGGCACUGAGAUCGUGUUCACAGUUGUGACUGUGCCCGACGUCCUAUCAGUGAUAUGGGCGUACCAGGGAGUCACUCUGGGACUGUGGGCCGGAGGGAACCCGACGAUUAACACGGUGGCCCAGUUCCAGGGUCGGGUCACCAUCACUGCCACCCAGCUGAGAAUUGGAGGGGCCCAGCUCCGCGACGCCGGGAACUACACGGUGGAGGUGGAUCCCUUGGACACAGCAGGACUAGUUGCUAACUCCAGAUCCGUACAACUGCGGGUGUUUGAUCCAGUGACCGGGGUGAGUCUGCAGAUUCCCUCGGUAGCAGUGGAAGGAAGAAAUGUGUCUCUGCGGUGUACGCAGACUACUGGGACAGAAAGUACAUUCCAGUGGGGGAAAGGGGGGGAAACCAUCACCGCUGACUCCCGGAUCACCAUCACAGACGGCUCUCUGGUCAUCAACCCUGCCAGGCGGGGGGAUACUGGGGAGUACACGUGUACUGUCAGCAACCUUGUCAGCGCCCAAACGGCCACACGGAGCCUCACUGUCUACUAUGGCCCUGACACCCCCGUGCUGACCAAGGAGAGCCCUAAAGACUGUGUUGGGACAGGAGAUGUGCUGGUCGGGCAGACGGCGCGUCUCACCUGCUUGUCCGACUCGCUGCCCCCUGCCCUGUUCACAUGGCAACGUGAUGGACAGACUGUUGCAGCCGAUCAGCCGGACAGCGGGGUGCUCAGGAUUCAGACCUUCUCGACCGACGAGAGCGGCCGCUACGUUUGCACGGCCAGGAACAGCAUCUCGGCGGCCACGUCCGAGCAGAGCACAGUACUGACCAUCGUAGACAUAUGUCUCGAUGUUGGAGAAGUGGUGGGGAUUGUGAUUGGCUGUUUGCUGCUGAUAUUAAUCAUCGCGCUCCUCAUCUGGCUCAUUGUCUAUCUCUUGCGAAGGAGGAGGGAGCAGCAAAGGGAAACUGUGCUUGUGCCGAAGUCCAACCCAAAUCCCAGGCCUGUACCUCCAGAUCCACAACCUAAUAAUGCAAGGGAUUUGGGCCAAGGUCCCCAACCCCCCCUCUACUACACAAACACACGCGCACGCCGCCCUGACCGACUCUACGCGGACGCGCGCGAAAACCACAGCAACCCACAGACACUGGAGCUCAACAGGCUGCAAAACUCCAACACACACCGACACAAUGGACGCACAGACACAAAUAGACUCCGACACAAUUCUAUUCAGAACAGUGAUUCAUUCCAACACAAUGGAUUCGACAACCCGGCAUUCACGCGCGCCGAUGCUCAAAAUAUAAGCGCGCACCCGAACACGCAGCAGCAGCAGCAGCAGCAGAAUCCAAACGUUGUCAUACAGGGCGGCGCCCAGCAGCCGGCCGUCCACGUCAACCUGAACACGCCGCCCCAAAACGCCCAGCAGAACAACAACGCACAAGUGCCGACCAUUCAUGUCAACGUUAACUCAUACCCAACCAACAACCAGCAGACUCAGCCAGACACCUCAGUUCCUGUUACAAAUGCAGCCAAUAAUAACGCUACACAAAUGGAACAAGGCUUAAUAGAAAGAGUGCUUUUAAAUCCUAGAGUGGAAAGCGGGCGGUCAUUUCUGAGUGACCCGCGGCUGAACACAGGUCAGCAGGAUCAGCCUGCACUUAUACCAACUGGAUUCACACACGUUAACAGUAACAGCGCUUCUCAGCGAAAUGCAAACACACAGACAUACACGCAGGCGCCAGAGCCUCAACACAGGUCUGCUAGAGUCUCGGGUACCCAUGAUCCCUCUGUCAGCUCCUCCUCACAGACACAGAUGCCGUGGGAUCGCCUCCGAGGGACGCCGGCCUAUCCAAGCCUUCGAAGAGGACAGACCUCCCCUGACUCUACAGACUACACCUACCACCCUCCCAUUCCAGAGGCAAGAACACGGAACAGAUCUCAGCCGAGACCUCGGAGUCGGACCCCUCCCCGCGGACAAGAUGCCGCAUCAGCAGCCAGACAAACACGCAGCCGUUCAGCUGAUCUGCGAGGGCCAGACUCUCGCAGCGCAACACAGCUUGAGACCGCUCGCCACACACCGAGGAGCCCCCGCACUCAAAGGGAGGGUGCUCAGCGAGACAUCAGAGCAUCUCUCAGUAGCCAGACGGCCCCCAGGCAGGAAGCCACCGGCAGCAAUAACCCCCAGGCUAUCCCUCUCAUGAACCAGAAGCCCGCUUUGGGCCGCUCUGCUGUGUCACAAGGACUGAUGACACAACAGGGACUCGCAGCUCUGCACGGUGCAGAUACAAGAGCUUUGGCUGAUCCUAAUCACCUUCCACAGGCACACAUGGCCCCGCAGUACAGAGCAGAACCGCUCCAACAAACAAUGCGAGGUCUGGGCACGCAGACGCAGCCUGUCAUACAAGCAGCCAACCCACCUCGCCAAGGAGGCACCGCUCCAAACCUGAACCCUCCUGCCCAAAGUAUCCUCACCCAGGCUGCACUUACUGCCCACACUCAGAGGGCUCAGACAUUUGAGAACCGGAGACAACAAACCCAGGCCGCCCUGCUACACCCCGGACCACAGACGCAGGUCCCUACUGCGCCGAUUCCUCCACCUGUGAUCCCCCUCACUCAAUUCCAAACAAUGCCCAAGAAACACACCCAGCACACAUCUCCAGCUAUAGGCCCCCAGCCCCCCAAACCUCCUGUCAACAUACCCGUGGCUCAAAGACAUCGGCAUGAGCAGCAGCGUCACAAUGCGCGGCACCAUCACGCCACGAUGUCCGGGAACCAUCAUCACCACGCUGGAGCACACAAGCAUGCACACAUCCACGGGCACCAUGGACACCCAACCCACCCACGACAGGUGAGGGAGACACAGUUUGAAGGAUUAAAAGUGUAGCUAAAGGACGCCACGUGUAUUGAUUUGAAAGAUUUCCAGCACAUUUUUCUCUCUUAGAAGUGCACUUAAUGUCUGUCAUGUCUUGCACAUUUCCACGCUUCCACCUUCACCGUCUCCUCACCAGUGUCUGCGUUUGUCUAUGGUUUUUAUUUUUUGGGGAUAGCUUGACAGCACUUGGAUCCUACAUUUUCACGAUUGACAGUCAUCUCGUUGCCAUAAAAAUCUAUUUAGCCUUGAGUGUUUGUGACACAGUGGCGUUUUUUUUUUUUUUCUUUCUUUCAAAGAAGCAUCGUGUGUGAGAGGUUCAGCCUCUUCCUCUGCAUGACAUGUUGGCAAUGAAGGGCUUGUUGUGUCUUUCCAGCAACAGGCUCACAGAGGGAGACCGGGAUGAUGACAGAUGUCAGCAGACUACACUCCGCGACUGUCCCACAUCCUGUGACACAAACAAACAGCUGACAGACGUGAUCCAAUAUACCACCAAGCAAGACUGACUGCACAAGGUUCUGCACUUAAAAUAGCUGUCAUGGCAUGGUAUCUAAGUACUAAAGUCAGAUUUCUGUAUAAAAGAAAUGAAAAUGUCUCCUGUGGGGAUGAUGGAAUGAAACUAUUUUGGGAAACAGGCUUUCUUCCUUAAAAAGAAAAGACAAAUUAUCUUAAAGAACUGGGCCUUUGUAAAAAUGUUCUAAAUUAAAUUUAUGAUGCUGAUAGAUAUUUAUAUAAAACACUCCCCAGGCUACAUCCUCUCUCUAAACACACACACACACACACAGGGCAGCCUAGACCCACAUGUAUUGUUCUAUUUUGACUUGCACGGCACAGGUCAUGCAUCAAACUUUGCCAGGAGGCUGCUCAGAGAAGACAAGCUCAGUGAUCCAUAGCUCUUGACCAAGCUCACAUCCGCUCCGCCAUUCAUCAUGAAAACUAAACAACACCACCUUGACAAAAUGCACUUGAGGUGCUCACAUGAAUAUAUCUGAGUAUCUAACACUUAAGAAAAUCUAAUAGUGACAGAGACUAAAUGAGAGGGGACUCAUUCUAUCCCCACCCCCCCCACCCCCCACCGGGAACAUUGACAAUUAUGAAAGAAGAAAUUAGCCGUAGGGGCGGUCCUCAUGGACAUGGUACUAUUUAUUUUGUGCCUGCUGUUUACAGAUGCCUCUCAUGACACCACUCAAUUAAGGGGAUUCGCCUCAGUGGCGCUGAGAAGUAAUGCUCAGCUAACUAUGAAGGGGAUCCCACGAAUGGAUGGGCGCUUAUUAAUUAAAUGCUUUUAUGUGACUUAAACGACUUGGAAAAUAAUCACACCCGCGCAUGAAUGAGGUCAGCACAAAGACCUGAGCUGCCACGCAUUCUGCUGAAAAAGCAGAGAGGAACAAUUUACUGUCUGCACUGUGUCACAGACCCAAGUACGGGGCAAUGUCAUUAUUCAUUUUGCACAUUAUGUUUUAAUGGUUUAUAAUGUUUGUGGGAUUUUUUUAUUUUAUUUUUUUUUAUCUCAGGGGAGUUUUUCUGAAUUGGGUUAUUCAUGUUGCAUCAUUUUAAAUCUGUUUUAUAAUUAAUGAACACGUUUGGCCAAAUUCAUGUGGUGAUGUGAUGAUCAUUUCUACAGUUUCCAUUUCAAACAAAUCCCAUUACAAGACCAAAGCUUACAGUGACUUGAUCUUACUAAGAGGCUUUGUCUUUGCUGCCAAAAGGUGAUAUAUCCUAUCCAGCCAUUGCACUCCAUUGUUGUCCAUAAACUUAAAUAUGUAAAUAAUUAUGAAACAUACUUAAACUGGGCUACAUUUCAUGACCAUACACAUGGCCAAGGUAGUUUAUUAAAGUCACACAUAUACUUUAUUCAUCUGCAGUCAAUUCUUACAAGGGAACCAAAUGUGUCUUCAUCCUCCUUUGCAUUUGUUUGAGACCAUUUUCACUUUUUAUUGCAGUGUGAGUUACAUUUUCUAAACACUACAAUACACUGUUACAGAAAUGUACAACUUGCUUUUUUUUUUUCAAUUUGUGUCUUUAGAGGAACACACUGGCUACUUCCUGCAAACCAUGUAUGGAAGUAAAAAUAUGCUGAUGUGUUCUUGUUGACAUCAAGAAAAACAAAGAAAAGUUUUCAGUCAUUCUAGCCAUAUAUUUUUGAAAAAAAGCAUAAAUCAGUGCCAACACAUUUUCCAGCUCCCACCAAACAUCUGGAGCAUUGGUUGUACUGUACCGCUUUAAAAACAUUGCCAUUUUUUGGGGAAAAUAAAUGCCUGUUAUAAGUUUGUUCAGAUGUGCAUUAUUCAUGUGAGGUGCUAUAAGCAUUAAGCACUGUGUUGUAGUUUUGCUCCUCAGGAAGGAUUUGUACAUCGUUUGGACUUUAACAAUUGUUUCAACUUUCAAGGGUCUCUUUUUAUCAGCAAUACAAUAUUUCAUAUAA